ACGAAGACAACAGGCAAUGCUACAGUUUGAUCUUCAAUACUCAUACCAAGACUAAAGAGACAGAAAAUUAAGAGAAAUGGCCAGUUUCAUGUUGAGGUCUGUGGUUCCAAAGCUGCAAUGGGCUGCUUCUUCCUUGAAGCCACGCUCCAUGAACUCAAGGCUCCUUUUGAGCACCAACUCUGGGCCGAUGAGCGCUUCGGCGGCGAAUGCCGGCCGCGAGGUUAGGGACAGUGCAUCGAAUCUGCAAAACCAGUUGGGGAACAACAUGAAACAGGGCAACAAGGAAGCUAAGAGAACUGCAGAGGAUGUCAAGGACAAGGCUGCUUCUACUGCUGAGCAGGUAGGUCAGAAGACAAAAGAAGUAGCAAGCAAGGUCACUGAGAAGGCACAGGACCUUGGUGAGAAGACAAAGCAGACAGUUCAAGGUGCAUGGGAAGCUGCAAAGGAAACGACCCAGAAGAUCAAGGACACUGUUGUGGGGAAGGCGGAGGACGUCAAGGAGGCAGUCAAGGAAGAAGCAGAGAAUGUGAAGAGAAACAUCAACUCCAAGAUGUAAGCUCUUCAGCUGGUACUCAUUCAUCACCAACAAGCGCCACCUUCAUGUUCGUCUUCCACCAGUUUUCUUCAUAUCCAUCAUUGUUCUUCCACUUUUUUCAGAGUCAUCUUUAAAGUGACUAGUGAUGCUGGUUUUGUUGUUUGGGUUCAAGACCUUUUGUAGGAAGCAGUUGAAUGUCCCUAGUUUGGACUCUAUGUUCAAGUUGCAGCCAGACCAAGGAUUAGGAUCUGGGGUUCUCUCAGAACUACAACCGUGUUCUUGAGCUGUUGGAUCCUUCUCUGUUUUUGCAAUAAAUAUACUAAUUAAGAUUUUUUUACUUGUUUCA